AUCAAAGGGUGCCGACGGGUAUAUCUGUUUCAUUGAUGAUAAGCGAGGAAAACGUGCGAAGCCACGGCUUUAUCACAUAACUCGUGUCGCUUUCAUUUAAGCGGAAUCUAUCAAGAUGGACUCACAUUUACAAGAAAUGAACGGAGGGGCUAAAUCAAGCAGUAGCUUUUCCGUGAAGGACAUUCUGGAUCUACCUAAAGGAAAGUCCGUCCUCAGUCCCGGGGGACACCCUACUGUCAGCAGCGCCACCCUACUGUCUAUCCCGACGGUCCCGGAAGUACCAGACCUACCGUCCGUCACCGGGUACUAUGACAACGAUAACCCAUAUACACGCUGGCUCCAAAAUAACGAACACAUGCAUUAUACUAGUUUACCACACAUGAAUUCGCCGAGCGACUCGAAUCACUCCAGCGAUGUAUCCACCACGGAGAACCAUUCUUCUGUACAUAAUGACAUUACAGCCGUGAAAUCGGAAUUAAACAGUUCCGAGGAUUGUGACAAACUCAGUGACAAUGAAGGUGAUGAUUCGCCUGGUUCCCAUAACAAUGAUGGGCAGAAGAAGAGGAAACGAAGGGUGCUAUUUUCAAAGGCUCAGACCUAUGAACUUGAAAGGAGAUUCCGUCAACAGCGGUACCUGAGUGCUCCAGAGCGGGAACAUUUAGCUAGUAUAAUUAGACUCACGCCAGUUCAGGUGAAAAUAUGGUUUCAGAAUCAUAGAUACAAGCUGAAGCGGUCACGGCAAGAAAAGGGAUUAGAUUUGAAUCCUCUACCGUCCCCGAGGCGUGUGGCUGUACCCGUGCUGGUGCGGGACGGCAAACCCUGCCAACCUGGCAUGAACAGUCUUGUCAAAGCCCAGGAACCGUUACCAAUGCAACCGAACAUGAACUCUCCCGUUAACAUGAAUGGUAGUUUGAGUAAUAUGAACAUGAACCCCAUGGGCUCCUUAACAAUGAACAAUUCUAUGAACACAUCUUUACCUACAUCGAUGAACAGUAUGAACAUGAGUUGUUCAUAUAACACAAUGGGACCUAUGAACGCAAUGAAUUUGAAUAUGAAUAUGAACAUGAACAAUAUGAAUGUGUUGCCAAGUUACAGCCAUCCGUUGAUGCAGCCUCAAACUCGGUGGUGGUAACAGACAGCUCUAAGGGAAGGCAUUCCCUCUAUUUGGUAGCAUCAAGUAAUUAUGGAUCUGUACUUCAUAAGAAAUUGUGAAUUUCAAACUAAAUCUCAAAGGAUGCGGUAGAAUUAGAUGUGACAAAGUUGGCACAAAGUGCUAUUUCGCUUUCAGUUUUGACAAUUUAAAAGUAGCUUUUAACUCUUGUCAUUGUUGCAGAAAUAUGUUUAAUGUGACAGUUUAGACGUUUUCAAUAGUGCGGAACGUUAAUUUAUUAAUUUGAACAAAAGUGCUUUAUAGAAUAUUUUUCACGACCAUUUUAUAGAUUCGUUCAUUACCCAUCCUCCAUCACGCACAUCAAAUGCAUUACUAUGUUUGACAGUGACGUCAUUGUGUUAGUCAUAUUUAUAUUAAUUCAGAAUGAAAUAUCAUGACAUGUU